AUGGCGACACUGACAAAAAUAAAAACUAGCAGAAGUCCUAGUCGACUGGGCAGUGAUACCCACGAGUCGUUUAGAAUAAAUACCAAGUCAUACAAGCUAAAAGAGGUUGGUGGUGACUCCAAUGAUAACGAAGAGACAGAACAACAACAACAACAACAACAAAAUGAAGAUGUCUUGAAUGUCGAGACAGAUGACACGAUUCAAUUUGCUGAAGAUCAGAAAUAUCAUGGGUCACUAUGGGCAAAAGUCGAAAGAAACCAAAUUCCAUUGUCAAGGAACUUGAUGUUUUUAUUAUAUGCUAUGAACUGGUUGAGUUCUAAUCCUAGGAUCACCAAUUUCACAAACAAGUUUAUACAUUUACAAAACCAAGUUGGGUAUAAUCUGGAAGGCAACCCUAUUUAUGAUAUCCACAUAGAUGAUGUAUACUUUGUCAUCAAUUGGGUUAUUACUGUUACUUUUCUCCGAUCGUUUUUAAUGAAGUAUUGUUUUGGUCCUUUUGCUGCUAAAUUUUGUCAUAUUUAUUCUCGCAAAGCCAAAAUAAGAUUUGCUGAACAGAGUUGGUCCUUUGUUUACUAUAGUAUUUCAUUCAUUUAUGGAGUUUACUUGUAUUUGGGUGCCCCAUAUUACAACAAUUUAGAUCAAAUCUAUAUCAAUUGGCCCAAUUUUCUUAUGGAUGCGAGGUUCAAAAGUUAUUACUUGAUUUCAAUGGCGUUUUGGUUACAACAAAUAUUUGUCUUACACGUUGAAAAACCAAGAAAAGAUCACUAUCAAAUGUUUAGCCAUCAUAUCAUCACUUGUUUAUUGAUUAUUGGAUCCUACUACUACUACUAUUUCCGAAUUGGUCAUUUGAUAUUGAUGAUUAUGGAUUCAGUUGACAUCUUUUUGGCUGCUGCUAAGAUGUUGAAAUAUGCUGGUCGUUUAGUUGCCUGUGAUGCCAUGUUUGUGUUGUUUUUAGUCAGUUGGAUUGGAUUAAGACAUGGGGUUUACAACUAUAUAUUCUAUCAUGCGUGGUAUAAAUCACUGCAUUUGAUGAAAGAUGGGCAAUGUGUGCCCGGAACUGACCAAAAAAGAUGCUGGACACCUACUGUAAUCAAUACGUUUAUGGGGUUGCUAGGUGGGUUACAAAUCAUUACUUGUAUCUGGAUGUAUUUAAUCUCAAAAGUUGCUUAUAAGGUAAUCAUUGGUGUGGGGGCCGAGGAUGUUAGAAGUGACGAAGAUGAUACCGAUUUUGAAAACGAAGUAGAAGAGAAAGAAGAGAAAGGGGGUCUUGAAGAAAAUGAUGAGGGACUUUAUGGAGAUGUGUAUGGCUAUGACGGAGAGAAUGAGGGAGGUGAAGUGAAGGUUGACAAGUCUGAUAUUGUUAUAGAUGUCGAAAGUGAGGUUAGCAUAUAUGGGGAGGAAACAGAAUGA